AUGUCCAGUAUCACUCUUGGUCGUUAUCUUUUCGAAAGAUUAAGUCAAUUGCAAGUCCAAACUAUUUUCGGAUUGCCAGGUGAUUUCAAUUUAUCCCUUUUAGAUAAAAUUUAUGAAGUUGAUGGUAUGAAAUGGGCAGGUAAUGCCAAUGAAUUGAAUGCCGCCUAUGCUGCUGAUGGUUAUUCCAGAGUUAAGGGAUUAGCCUGUUUAGUUACCACCUUUGGUGUUGGUGAAUUAUCUGCAUUGAAUGGUGUCGCUGGUGCCUACGCUGAACAUGUUGGUUUAUUGCAUGUUGUUGGUGUGCCAUCAAUUCUGUCUCAAGCCAAGCAAUUGCUUUUACAUCACACUUUAGGUAAUGGUGAUUUCACCGUUUUCCACAGAAUGUCAAACAACAUUUCUCAAACUACCGCUUUCAUUAGUGACAUCAACUCAGCCCCAGCUGAAAUCGAUAGAUGUAUCAGAGAAGCUUACAUUUACCAAAGACCUGUUUACGUUGGUUUACCAGCUAAUUUGGUUGACUUAAACGUUCCAGCCUCCUUAUUAGACACUCCAAUUGACUUAAGUUUGAGAAGAAACGAUCCUGAUGCUCAGGAAGAAGUCUUAGACUCAGUAUUGAAGUUGAUUAAGGAAAGUACCAACCCAGUUAUCUUGGUCGAUGCAUGUGCCUCAAGACACAGCUGUAAGGCAGAAGUUGAAAAAUUAGUUGACUUGACUCAAUUCCCUGUUGUUUCUACACCAAUGGGAAAAUCUGGUAUUAAUGAAAAUCACCCAAGAUUUGGAGGUGUCUACGUCGGAACAUUAUCAUCACCCGAGGUUAAAGAAUUGGUUGAAACUUCAGAUUUGAUUCUUUCUGUCGGUGGUCUUAUGUCUGAUUUCAAUACCGGAUCUUUCUCCUAUUCAUACAAAACUAAGAGCGUUGUUGAAUUCCACUCUGAUUACACCAAGAUUAAGCAAGCUACAUUCCCAGGUGUUCAAAUGAAGGAAACAUUACAAGCAUUGAUUGCUCAAGUUGCUCCAGCAGUUACUCAAUAUUCUCCAGUUCCUGUUCCAAAGGUGAAGGUUAUCAACUCUCCAGCAGAACCAAACACUCCACUCACACAAGAAUGGUUAUGGACCAAAGUCUCAUCUUGGUUCCAAGAAGGUGAUAUCAUCAUUACUGAAACCGGUACCUCAGCUUUCGGUAUUGUUCAAUCCAAAUUCCCUAAUAACACUGUUGGUAUUUCCCAAGUGUUGUGGGGUUCGAUCGGUUUCACUGUCGGUGCCACUUUAGGUGCAGUUAUGGCAGCUGAAGAAAUUGACCCAAAUAAGAGAGUAAUCUUAUUUGUCGGUGAUGGUUCUUUACAGUUGACCGUCCAAGAAAUAUCUACUAUGGUUAAGUGGGAAACCAAGCCUUACUUGUUUGUCCUUAACAAUGACGGUUACACUAUCGAAAGAUUGAUCCACGGUAUGAAUGCCACUUAUAACGAUAUCCAGCCAUGGAACAACUUGGCUUUGUUACCACUCUUCAAUGCUAAGCUGUACGAUGCUAUCAGAGUCGCCACUACUGGUGAAGUUGACCAAUUGUUUAACGAUCCUGAAUUUAACAAGAACUCCAAGAUCAGAAUGAUUGAAGUGAUGUUGCCAAGAAUGGAUGCACCAUCUAACUUGGUCAAACAAGCAGAAAUCACUGCUAGAACUAACGCUGAAAACUAA